AUGUCCAGCGGCGGAACAACGUGGGCGUCGCUCGGGAGACGAGACGAGAGGAAGAAAGACGACUUCGUUAAACGUGCGGUUGUUGGUGAAGAAAUAAAGACGAAAGAAAAGAAGAGAGACCUGAAGAAUGUUGUUGAAGAAGGGCAUCCAAAUCAUCAUCGUCGUUUGGAAGAUGUUGUUGAGAAAAAAUUGAAGAGUGCACACAAUCAGAAUAAGCAAACGAACAUUUCGUUCGCGCGGAUCGAUCGGAAAGAACACUUCGAAACGAUUAAAAAGGCGACGAGAGUUGAGACGAUUGAAUUAUCGGAGUGCGAUUUAGUGGAGGAGGAGGAGGACGACGACGGCGACGAUGAGGUGAAGAUUGUGAGUGAAAAUAGAGGGGAAAUUGCCUCGUCGUCGUCUCAAGACGACGCUUUUUUGCAGUUGCCGAAAGCGCUGAGACAGAGACCGGCGUUUAUCGACGCGUUGUCGACGAGAGAUGCGACGCGGGAAGAUGUUCUGAGGGAGGUGGAGGAGUAUGAAAAUAAAGCGAAAAAGUUGAGCGAGGAAUGUAGCAGAGCUGCAUAUAAACUCUGCGUUCGUAUCCGCGGGCGGGAAUACCAGGCGAGCGAAGUGAAGACAAAGUUGCCGAAGGACGGCGCGAAAGUUUACAUUGAGAGAGAUAUGGAGAACGUGUUUGACGCGACUGGGGCUAUGCAAAUUUUAGACGACGAGAAACGGGUGUUAGGAUACGUGCCGAGGAGAGUUGCAGGAGAAUUCGCCGGUCUCGUAGAUUUGGGAGUCGUGGAGGUUUCGGGGACGCUGAGAUACGCGAGAGAGGAAGGAACGGAUGAAAACGAAUCGUCGGCGUGGGUGGAAAUCGAGAUCAAAGUGUUGACGAAUAUAACGAACGUUUUCGGUAUUCAAAUAGAUACGCCGAGUAUAUUAAACGGACGAUUUGAAAGCGCAACUCGAGCAAACGCGGAAGAGUUCGAGAGCGAGUCCUGGGCUUGGCUGCGAACGAAAGACAAAAUCGUAGAGGCGAUAGCGGGAUUGACGAACGCCGAAUUUUUGCUUUCUGAAAAAGAAAAGGAAAUCCGGCAAAAGUUUAUCGAUGUUGUGGUGGAGGAAAGCGGUGGCAAUGAUGCGGCUUUGCUAGCAACGAGGCUUUUAGCGAGGGGACACGCUUGGAUUUCGGAUUAUGAGAAAAAAGAAUACGUGGCUAAAACGAACGAUGCGAUGAGGAAACUUGUACAGCACUCUUUUGCUUACGAUUUAUCGAGUAAUGAGAGUCAUGGAACAGACAAAGGGCUCGCGUAUGUUUUCGACCGCGAUUUUUGUCUCAAUAAUCUCACGGUAGAAGAGAUGAAGCACAUGAUGUCGUCGUUUCAAAAUGAAGGAAGUCUCCUAAAUGAACAUUUGAGGAAUUGGCGACAGGAAUAUAAAACGAAGGAUAGAUUAAUGAUCCCACUGCGUGCGCUCUAUUCUAUCGAUGAGAACAAAGAAGUCUGGAUGCAAAAAUGGAAGGAAUCAAAGGAGUCGACGCAUCCGAAUUGGAUCGUACUUUCGCCGACGUUUAUGACGCUCGUACGAAUCGCGAUAUGCGUGGCGUACCGCAAAAGACUUAGCGUCUCCUGCAUUUACGACGCCAUAUCGGGUGUGCGACGGUAUCCAAUGGUUUCUUCAAACAGGAAUAGCUCCGAGGUACUCGAGUCACCAUGGAAAUCGAGAGUAGAUAUGCUCGCAUAUUUUGAGGCCAUGGAAGUUUUGAGGGAUUUGGAACGUUUCAACGAGGCAAACGUGUACGGAUUUACAUUGAGUGUCGAAAAUGCACCGAAACUCAUAGAAAGAGGAAAAUGCGUCGAAACGAGCAUGCUCGAAGCGUGGCGAAAAGGAUCUGGGAUGAGUUACGAUGCAGAUUUGCUCGAUCCAAAGAAAGAUAUGGAACGGUUCAGUCAUCACGCCGUCGAGUGCAGAAUUUGCUACAUCUUGGUCAUUGCGCUGGAAAAGUUGGCAAUGGCGAGUAUAAAGUUGGUGAAUAACGUACCAAACGAGAUUCAAGGGCGCGCACAUCGUAGAUGCGCUGUAGGAUAUCUUACACGCGCUAUAAAUCUACUCCGUGCUUUGUUAGCGCAACCGUUUGAUGCGCGCCGUCGAGGUAAAUGGUACGAUAGAUUAUACGUCGACCUCGGACAUUUAAAGGAAUAUCAGAAACAAUUUGACGUGUGCAAAGCGGCUUUAGAGGAUAGCUGGGUUGUCUGGGACGAUCUCGCCAAUAUGCGCGAUAAAAUUUGCAGCAUAGCAUCGUCGAAAAACAAAGGAGUUAAGGUGCCUUCACGUUAUCAAUUGCCAGCAAAGUUCUCGAUGGCGGAAGAUAAACUUCACGGCGUGCCGUUGCCGCAAGAGUUCGUCGACAGGAAGAAAAGAGAGCAAGGUAACGCAGAAUGGAAAGGGACACGUAAAUUUUACGAUAUACGAGAUUUGAGCGCAGUAGAUACAAAUGGCAAACCUACAGAUGCGAUAGAUUUGACGGAAGAACUAGUUGUUCCAGCGGAGAUCUGGUCCGUGGAAGCGUAUUCGUUGGUCUUCUAUGAGCAAAAAUUUGGCUGGAAAGGCAUCCAUACUGAACUUUCGCUUUGGUACACGUUACUACCUUUACUAAAUCUCGACGUCUUCUUUCACAACGAGUUCAACGAUAUAGGAUUCAAUCCUUGGCCGUUAGAGUUUCAGUCUUUACCGCUCGAUUAUUCGGAACCGGAAUGGAUCUUACGACGCGAACGCGUAACGCAAGUCACGUUGGAGAAAAUUAGGAAAGGCCACGGCACGCGUUUAUUAGUUGAAAAUUGGGCGAAAUGGUACGGCACUGAAAGCCAUACCGUGCGUUGGACGACCGUGAAGGAGGGGUAUACCGGUACUGUGGCAGUUACAGAGCAAAAAAGACGAUUGAUGAGUCUCACGGAACUCUGUGAAGUCGUGCGAUGUUUCGACAACGAGCAGUUGUACAAAAUUUGUGCGAGGUGGAUUCUAGACCCAGUCGGUACGAUAGCUCAAGGAGGGAUGCCAGAUUUGUUCUUAUGGAAUCCGGAAAAAUCGGAAGCGAUGUGUGUUGAGGUCAAGUCCACGGGGGAUCAGAUCCAAAAUAAUCAAAAAGCUUGCAUUAAUAUGUUGAAAGAAGCAAACUUUUCGGUGAAGUGCUUAAAAGUUAACGAUUUCGUUUGCGAGUACGAUUGGGAUUCGGGAAAGAAGAAAAAGAAGUGA